AUGUAUCGAAAAUUGCGUCAGCAGCAGCAGUGGUCAACAGAACAGUUUACCCCAAUUGUUAUUCAUUUUUUUUCAGAAAACGAUGAUGAUGAAGAUGAAGAAGAAGACUAUGAGGAUGAUAAUUAUUUCAGGAUGCCUCAGCCAGAUCCGUCGAUAGAUACCAGCAGGAUAGAUGAGAUUCCGGCAAAAGAACCUAAGCUGAAUGCUAAACCUCUGAAGUCUGCGAUGAAAAAGAGGCCAGGAAGUGGACCCGGCACUCCUACGCAGGAAAACAGGCCUCUGGGAAUGAGACAGCAGGAUUAGACCUCAGUUUCAGCAAGAACCUCUUCAUUUGGUGAGCAUUUUUUUGAGGUCUACGAACAGCCAUCUCUACGACCACGUUUGAAUACAAGCAAACCGGUACGAUUUGGCUUGCCAACCACUAUUGAAAACAAGGAGAAUGCCAGGCCGAACAUAAUUCACGAAGAUGAUGACAGCGACUCAAACGAUGGUCCCAUUCUGUACAGAGAAGAUGGAAGUUUAUCAGAAGAACGUAUGCUGGCUCUAAAAAUAGCGAGGAAAGAAAGUUUGUCGCUCAAGCUCGCUCUUAGACCUGACAAACAGGAGCUCAUCAACAGGAACAUCUUGCAAAUUCAAUCGGACAAUGAGAGACAGGAGGCCAAGGAAGCUAUCGGUGCAAGGCUGAUCAGAAGGUUGAGCAUGAGGCCUACACAAGAAGAGUUGGAAGAGAGAAAUAUUUUGAAAAAACAAAGUCCAGCUGAAGAGAAGAAACAGAAAGAGGAGAAAAAAAGUUUCCUGUUGCGCAAGCUGAGCUUCAGACCGACCGUCGAGGAACUGAAAGAGAAGAAGAUUAUUCGGUUCAACGAUUAUAUCGAGGUGACUCAGGCUCAUGAUUAUGAUCGUAGAGCUGACAAACCCUGGACCAGAUUGACACCGAAAGAUAAGGCGGCUAUCAGAAAAGAGCUGAACGAGUUCAAAAGUUCUGAGAUGUCGGUUCAUGAAGAUAGUCGUCACUUGACAAGAAUGCACAGUGUUCGAACAAAGGUAAUUACGAAACGUAGAAAAAGGAGUAUUGUUGGAGGGACGAGUCCUCUUUUGUUUAAUCAUUUAAUGUACAAUGUAAUUGCACAAAGGAAAAGAAUACCUGCAAAAUUAGAGGUUUCGGUAACUUAUAUAGAAGACUGGUAAUUUCGAAUAAAAAUUUU